AUGUUUUCGUCGAGGGUCAAAACUGCCAUUCCUCGCCUAGUGCGACUCAAAUCCAGUCAUAUACAACCACAAUCAAAUGUUGGCGUCCCAGCUGCCUCACCAAUGCCAUCGCUCUCAAAGCCACCGGUCGUUCCAGCCCCAGCACAGGCACCAAAUUACCCAGAUACAUGGUCCACCAUGCAGAGGAAGCGACCUUCAGAGGCCUCGAGCCCCUUGUUUGAGCAAAUAGACAUGACCUUGCAACCCAUGCCGCUUUCGGCCAUGCAACUCGUUUCAGAGGACCCUAUUCGUGUUGUACAUGCUCGUAAAGCUGUUUGCGAUGGAGGAGGUGGACCACUUGGCCACCCAAAGAUUUGGAUCAAUCUGGAUAAACCGGGACCUAAAUCCUGCGGAUAUUGCGGCAUCCGAUUCGAGCAGGCACCACACCACGGCCAUGACUCGCAUUAG